GCAAGAGCAGAGCUCUGAGGGAGAGAGAGAGAGAGGGAGAGAGGAGAGGAUGGAGGAGUGAAAAUGACAAUGACAGUUUGUAGGGCAGGCGUUUGCUAAGAGGUGGGAAGCAAAAGUGAAGGAAGAAAGAAGAGCAGGGAGCAGAGAGAACUAAAGCUUAAAGGGCAAAAUAAAAGUGAAAAGAAAGAAUAAGAAAACAGGAGGUGAGAAGAAGUGAAGGGAAGGAGUUACAAGAGGAAAAGAAAGCAACAGAACCAACAGUAGGUUGACGGGUCACCAUGACAACAGAAGCAGGCUCUGAGACCGAGGUGAAGGAGAAAGCGGAAGAGUCAGCUGCUCAGCCGGACCAGUCAGAGAAGACCACAGAAGAGAACCAGGAAGUCGCCAACGCUGAGGGAGAGGAGAAAGAAAAAGAGAAGGAGAAGGACAAAGACGGCAAAGGAAUCUCUCGAUAUCUGCCAACAUGGCUUAAGAAGCAGAAGUCUCAGAGCCAGACUUCACCGACCAAGGAAGUCCCAUCCACAGAGGAGGCAUUAAGCAAGGUGACAAAGGACGAGGACGCGCCUGCCCCAGAAGUGAACGGUCACGCGGAGGAAGUGGAAGAGAAGGAGGACGUCAAGUCGGAGAAAGUGAAGGAAAAAGAAGCAGAAUCUCAUUCCAACGCUACUGCUGACACUGAGCCUGCCGAGGAAGAGAAGGUGGAAGAGAGCACUGAGAAAAGUCUCGAAGGGACCAAGUCAACAGCUGUAGGUGAAGGAGCAGAGGAGGAGAAGGAGCAAGGAGGAGAGGCUGCGGAGGAAGCGGAGGGAGAAGGCCAAACCUCCAUUUUCCAGUCUCCCCUCCGUUUGGUGAGGAAAACCAAGAUGAAGCUGGUGGUGUGUCACGUGACCCUCCUGGACGGGACAGAUUUCACCUGUGAGGUGGAGAAACGUGCAAAGGGCCAGUUCUUAUUCUUUAAGGUGUGUGAGCAUCUUAAUCUAAUGGAAAAAGACUACUUUGGUCUAUCAUACAUUGACAACCAUGAACAGAAGUGUUGGUUGGAUCCCACUAAGGAAAUCAAAAGACAGAUACGCAGUAACAACUGGCAGUUUUCAUUCAACGUCAAGUUCUACCCUCCUGACCCCUCACUGCUCACUGAAGACAUAACUAGGUACCUGUUGUGUCUUCAGCUCCGCGAAGAUGUGGCGUCCGGCCGUCUGCCUUGCUCAUUUGUCACUCACGCUCUGCUGGGGUCAUACACAUUGCAGGCAGAAUUUGGUGAUUAUGAACCUGACCAGCCCCGGCCUCUGGAUUACAUCAGCCAGGUGACCUUUGCGCCCAAUCAGAACAAAGAGAUGGAGGAGAAGAUUCUCGAGCUCCACAAGUCUCACAGGGGAUUGACACCAGCACAGGCUGAUACCCAGUUUCUAGAAAAUGCCAAGAAAUUGUCCAUGUAUGGGGUUGACCUGCACCAUGCUAAGGAUUCUGAAGGUGUGGACAUCAUGCUCGGUGUGUGUGCCAACGGCCUCUUGGUCUACAAAGACAGACUUCGGAUAAACCGUUUUGCUUGGCCUAAAAUACUCAAGAUUUCGUACAAGAGGAACAACUUCUACAUUAAGAUCAGACCAGGAGAGACGGAGCAGUUUGAGAGCUCUGUGGGAUUCAAACUCCAGAAUCAUCGAUCUGCCAAAAGGCUGUGGAAAGUCUGUGUGGAGAAUCACAGUUUCUUCAGGUUAAACGCACCAGAACCUCCUACCAAGGCCCGCUUUUUGACUCUGGGCUCUAAGUUCCGUUAUAGCGGACGAACCCAGGCCCAGACCCGCCUGGCCAGCACCCUCAUAGACCGACCUGCACCCGCUUUUGAACGCACCUCAUCAAAACGCAUCAGCCGCAGUCUAGAUGGAGCACCGAUGAUCAGCAUAACAGAGGCCGGCACAGCUGAGAAUGGACGUGAACCCCACUUGGAGCUCCACUCUGACUCUAAGAGUCCAUUGAGAGUGCAUGGGGACAAUAUUUAUGUGAGGCACAGUAAUUUAAUGUUGGAGGACCAUGAUAAGACCCAAGAAGACGUUCUGAAACACCAAGCUAGCAUUAGCGAGCUAAAACGCUCCUUUAUGGAGGCGCCACCUCCCUCUCCUCCUCAGCCCAACCAGUGGGAGAAACGUCUCACCUCCUCUCCCGCUACAACGAUACGUGUUCAACAGCAACAAGUGGCGAGUGUGCCCGAAACGGAAGCAGCUGCUGCCGAUAACACGAACACUGACACCAAAGAACCUGGAAAGACAACCGAAGUCGAAAUCGAAGAAACCGUUGUCGUCCAAGAGGUUUCCAAAGCAACCAAAUCCAGACUUGUCACAGUCACUCCCAGCUCCUCCGCUGAGCCGUCGGCGGAGCAGGAAACGAGAAAGCAGGAAGUGAAAGUCGUAGAGGAAGCGGUUGUGGAGGAAGAAGCAAAGGCGAGGAAGCAGGAGAGCGUUUCCUCCGAGAGCGAGAGCGAGGAAGAAGCAGAGUAUCACCCAAAUGUCUCUGUAUCCAUCUCUCACACACAAAUACCAGAGGAGAAGGAAGAGGAAGAGGAUCAAGAGAAGAAAGAGGAGGAUAAGACGGCAGAGCAAGACAUGCCGGCUCCAGUUUCUACUUCUUCUUCUUCUUCUGUUCCCGCUGAAGUGAGCCAGCCUGCAGAAGCUGCCUGUCAAGAGGGAGAGGAGUCCAGGACAAAGGAAGCUGAACCAGAGAAGAUGAAGAAUAAUCCAGUGGAGGUGAAGGAAGGCGACGUGACUGAGGAGAGCACAGACGAUCCAAUGGUGACACCCGAUGAAGCUCCCAACGGACUCACCGUGCCCGAGGAGGGCGUGGACGUGGCGGACGCACCUGCAGAGGAAGAGGAGGAGCCUAAAGUGAAUGGAGAAGCCUCACUGGUUGAAGCAGAACCGCGGCCACAGGUUAUUUGUUGCUCUGAGCCACCUGUGGUAAAGACAGAAAUGGUGACUAUAUCAGACACGUUUGCGGCCCAGAAAACUGAGAUAGCUACAAAAGAAGUGCCCAUCGUACAUACGGAAACCAAGACCAUCACAUACGAAGCUGCACAGUUGGAUGGGAAUGGCGAUGGUGAACCUGGAGUGUUGAUGACAGCUCAGACAAUCACCUCUGAAUCCCUCUGUACUACUACAACCACACACAUUACCAAGACAUUGAAGGGUGGCCUAUCAGAGACGAGGAUUGAGAAACGCAUCGUCAUUACAGGCGACUGUGACAUCGACCACGACCAGGCACUGGCCCAGGCCAUAAAGGAAGCCAAAGAGCAACAUCCUGACAUGUCUGUUACCAGGGUGGUGGUUCAUAAAGAAACUGAACUGGCUGAGGAGGAGGAUUGACAGAACUCAGAGUUGAAAGGCCCAUCGUGACUGUUUUCUCCGUUGAUGUUAAACGACCUUCAUCACCCCACAACAACCAACCUUGACUGACUGAAGAAGAAAAGGAGGAGCUAGAGAACAGGAGGAUGAGGGGGGGGGAGGGAGGAGAGGUUAGACAAAUGGAGAGAAGCUGCCAAUCUCUUCCAAGUCGGUCUUUCUUACAUGUCUGUGGUGCAUCUAAAUCCCUCAUUCCGAAACCAAGAAGAAAAAAAAAAGAAAAAUAAUAACCUCACUCUUUCAGAGGGAACGAAAGAACCACUUUGUUAGCUUAACAUUUGUAGCGUGUUUUUAUUUUUUAAUAGUGCUUUUUUUUUUUUUCUUUAACUGUUUAUUUUACAAAAAGAGAGAGAAGAUAAUGUGUCUGUCAUGUUUUGCAAAGAUAAAACCUGUAGGGAUGCACCGCUAACCAAUCCUGAUAAGAUCCAAGGCUGAAAUACGGGGUCGCUGACUAUUUUUCUUCAAAGUCAGAUCAGGUUUUUGCCUUUUUUUCAUAUAUUAUAAGAUUUCAACUUCUUCAAAUUUCUCAAAAACAAAUUAAUUUGACUAGGAUGAUUCUUGGAAUCUGUAUCGGUGGAAAAGUGGCAUUAGUGCAUUCCUAAAUUUAAAAAAAACAAAAAAAAAAAGUUAAAAGUUAUUUGUUAAAUUACAGCUCCCCGCUACUUCAUUUAUUUCAAAGUUUCUACGGUAACAAAUAGGAUUACAGUUCACACUGGUUUUUUGGCUUUGAACAUGGACUUGUUUUAAGUAAUUUUUUUUCAAAGUGUAACAGAAUCCAACAGUCUCACUUAUUAAAACACACUCAUAGUAGGGACUAACAGUAAAACCAGUUAAAACACUUUGUCACACUUUUUUUUUUACUAAUUACAGAAAAUAGGGAGCUGUAACUUAAAAUAUUGCAGUAAAAACCAACCAACCACAUUUUUUUAGGAAUUUUUAUGAUUCUUGUCUUUUAUUUUUCUGUAAGUAUAGUUAUUAUUCAUCCACAUUCCUCGUGUGUUGACUCAUCUUUGAGUCAGUUUGUUUUCAGUUCAAUUCACUUUUAACUUCACUCUAAGGAAAAUAAGAUGUUUUACCAUUUGAGGCUGGAAUGAGAGGAAUCUUAACUUGGUCUGAGAGUUUAACAUAUUAUGCAUGAUGAGAAGUAGAAUUCAUUGUUGAGUUUUAAAUUUUAUUUUUACUGAAUGAAAAUGAGUUUAAACUGAAAAUGAACUGACUUUAAAGCUGGCAUAUACAACUUUCUGUACAGUUAAAAAACAAAACAAAAGGAAAGUUAUUAGAUGGGAGCAGCUUUUCGUUAGCUAUGCGCUGUCCCUCGGCCCGCCCCACUGUAUGACACUAACCAUUCCUAUUGGGCUGCAGGGAAGCCAUUUUUGAUUUGGGAGAGAGGACCAGUAAACUGAAUGAUUAUUGGGAGAUAGAGGUUGCGCUGUGCAACGCCAACUUGCGUUUUAGAUGAAAGUGGGAAAAGAAUUUGAACGUUGAAUUUGCAGGUCAGGCUUUUUUAUGGCGAGGGCAAGCUUCAGUCAUGUUACUUGGCAUCCUGCAGCUAAUUGAAGUAGUUUUGAUAUUCUUCUGACAAUGUUUAAACACAAUCUGAGAGUGUUGUGCUACCAACUCCACAGGUACCAAAGCCACUAGAAGAAAAAAAAAGAACAGUCUCGCAUUCAGACUUGAUUUCUGGUUCUCUGUCACUGUCUACCAGUGCCAUAGUUCAGCACUUAAUUUAACUCCUGACUUCAUUUCAUAGCAACCAAACUCUCUAAGAACGAGGAGAUCUGGCAUUACAUUCAGCAUAUCUUCAUACACGAGUAUCUUGAGCAAGUCUGAAUAGAAGGCUACUGUGUUAAUUGGUUUGAGGGUGUGUAGAUAACAGAUGAUUUGGACUCGUACAGCAUGUCUUGAUAAGAUUCUCUUCAACCUGAUGCUGGCUGUGUUUUAACUGUUUCACCACAACCAAAUAUUGCAGUAUCAAUGUGAUUUUUGUUGUAUCCUUCAUCAUUGCACCAUAAAAAAAAACCUCCACUCUAAAUCUUUCAGUAUGCUAUUAAGAGUACACACAGAAACAGUUACAACAUAACAGUAAACAAGCAGCCCAAAGGGAAGUGCUCUUGAAAUCCCUAAAUGGAAUCUCAUGAUGUUUUAUUCAUUUGUGUAAAUAAUCGUGGCAUGAAAUGCGUUUCAAACAAGGUCCGCUUGGUCUAAACGCAUUUAGUUGACAGAUUUUUAGUGUGAGCAGUGAAAAAAACAAACAAACAAAAAACACACUUUCAAUCCAACUGAUAAUCAAAAAGAAAAGUGCCACAGAUAAAUGUAAAAAAAACAAACACAUUCCAUAUUGACGUGCCUACAUUCGUCCACAUCCUGUCUGACUGGACAUCAUUUGAAUUGGGGUCAAAUAAUAAUUAAUGUUUUUACACACUCUUUUCACAUUUGAAAUUCCAUAAAAACAAAUCAAUUGAACAGUUUUAGCCAGAUAUGUGAUUUUAUUUGUAACAGCAGGGGAACAUUAUUAUGUACCUCUUGAUUUGACUCUUUUUUAAAAAAGUUGUUGUCCGGACAACGGAGUGGUAAUGACUGUCUAGGCCGUCUUUUGGGAAACACUGGUCUGACCUCUACUAUGCAGUUAAAUGACAUUCCAGAUGAGGGUGAAACAUUAACCUCUAACCCUCUUACAAAGAGACAGUAGCAGAAAACAAUAAAAAAUAAAAAGAACACUAGGCAGCUUUGGAGGCUUUCGCUGUUCCAAAAAAAAACAAAAAACAAGUCUUUUAAAAAAGCAUCGGCUCUAUCACAACUGUAUUUGUAGCUUGCAUUUCUCAUCAUUUGUCGUAUUUUCUCUGUGAAACUGAUCUAGUUGUUGAAAGACAGGAUUUAUUGUGCUCCUUCUUGGAAAUUUUCUAAUAUUGUCACAGUGUUUUUUGACGUUAAAUGAACACCACUACAAAUCAAAUUUUCUGCCACCAUUUUCCGUUUUUGUACUUCUGUGCUCGAGGCGUUACCUGUUUAAGGUUACGCCUCCGGGCUCUGUUUUAACCAAUCACAGGAGCUGUGGGGCGGCUGCGAGGUCAGGUUUUCCAAAAAAAAAAUGGUAUUACAAAUGAAUGUGUGGCCAACAGCAACUUUUAUUAAAUGAAAAAAACAGCACAGACAGAGUUGGACUGUUGAGAGUUUUUUUUAAAGGCAGCUCCAUGAAGUCACUACAUGGAUACUGAUGAUGAAUCUACGCCAGCUGAUUUUAAAUGUAUGUAAGGAUUUCAACAUGGUAAAUAACAACAUGCUGCCCUCAGAUAUUUGUCUAAUUCAAAGUGUACUACGUUCUUUACAGUUAUAUCUCAGGCUUUGUACUGCAGUUUGGCCAAAUGGUACAGUUUAAAAUGAAUUCAAACCAGCACCAUUUUCUAUUUUAACAAAGUAAAAACUCACUGGCAAAAAAAAAAAAAAAAAAAAAAACUUUAUUAAAAAAAUAAUAAUUUUGGAAAACCAACCAGCUGCCUCAUUGCUCCCUCUUAGCCAACCAAUGAUCACUGGUAGGGUUUUUUUUUUCUAUCUACAGUAGCAGCUUAAUUGUCUUGUGUCUCCCCAUACACAGCCACUCCUCCCCUGUGUAACACUGUUUAAAUAAAGGAUUGUUAUACUCUGAA